AUGGUAUAUUUAACUGGCUAUACUGAUUGGCUAGUUGUUCAACAAGACUACAAAGUCCAGGUUGUCAAUGGAUAUUCAAUCCAAGGAAACACCGCUGUUCUAAGGUGCAACAUCCCUAGUUUUGUAAAGGAGUACGUCACAGUGACGUCAUGGGAGAGAGGGGACGACCUGAAAAUUACAUCCAACGGUGAACGAGGAGGGCGCUACCUGAUUUUCCCAAGCGGCGAACUCCACAUCCAAGAAGCUAAUGCUAAGGACGGUUUCAAGACGUACAGAUGUAUUACAAAGAAUAGCAUAACAGGAGAGGUAAAGCCGAGUGAGACGGUGGGAAAGUUAGUAGUUUCAGGUAUGGCCCAGGAAGUGUUAUCUUUAAAUCCUAAAAUAACGUUCGAAUUCCAAGAUAUCCUCCUCGAAUUUUCCUACAGGUGGUACCGUUAUACAAGUGAUUUUCAUGCCAUAAUGACGCCCAUCGUUUUUGGGGGUCGGCUGGGGAAGAUAGGUGGAUCUUUGCUUUUACGUAAGGCGACCGUAGAGGAUUCUGGGAAGUAUGUUUGUCUCGUGAACAACAGCAAUGGCCAGGAGAAGGCAGAGGUUGAUCUAACUGUCAGAGAAGCCCUCCAUGUCAGUGUAGUCCCUGUCGUCCACACCGUUGACGUAGGCAAGUCUGUUGUCUUCCAGUGCAACAUUUCUGGAAAGCCAGUGAACUUUGUCACGUGGAGGAAAGACCAUCAGCAACUGUCACGUGCGAACAGCAGAAUCCACCUUGUGUCUCGAGACGUCCUUGAAGUCCGGCAGGUGCGACGGGAGGAUAAAGGACUCUAUCAGUGUGUUGUAUAUAAUGAUAAGGACUGUGCACAAGGAACAGCUGAACUGAAACUUGGAGAUAUUGCCCCAUCAUUAAAGGAAGCCUUUAGGUCUAUAACAGUAGAGCCUGGAUCAACCCUCUCUCUGAAGUGUGUAGCUUCCGGAAAUCCGCUACCAGAAGUCCGUUGGGUUUUGGACGACUAUCCUAUUCCCGGACACCUCCGAUUCUCCGUCGGAGACUUUGUGAGUUCAAAAGCGGAAGUAAUAAGCUAUGUUAACGUGACACACAUCCGGGUGGAAGAUGGGGGCUACUACAAAUGCAAGGCUUCUAAUGACGUUGGUACCGUUUGGAACCGAGAAAAGAUAAACGUGAUUGGUCCACCUUUUGUCCGGCCGAUGCAGAACAUGACGGCUGUAGAAGGAAGGACAUUUAACACGAGAUGUCCUGCUUCCGGCUAUCCCAUAGAAGAAAUCCGCUGGCAACACAAUGGCAGGAGAAUUCCCUAUAAUCAUCGCCAGAGGGCGUUCAAUAAUGGAACUAUGAUCAUCCGAGACGUGGAACGACGUAGUGACGAGGGAGAAUACUCCUGUGUGGCCAGAAACCGGAAGGGUCAACGUGGUCAUAGUAAAAUGUUUCUGAACAUCUUGAUUCCCCCGGUCAUUGAGCCAUUUAUUAUCCAAACUGGAUUAGAGGAAGGAUCUCGAUCUAAAAUCCUCUGCUCCGUUACGAAAGGAGACACCCCUAUUCGAAUCUCUUGGUUAAAGGAUGGAAAAACCAUUCCCUCAUAUUUGGAAGUCACCGAGUCUACGAUCGACGAGUUCUCCACAUUCCUGAAGUUCCAUCGACUUCAGCUGAGGCACAGUGGUAAUUACACGUGUGUAGCAGAAAACGUGGCCGAAUCAACCAAUUACACUGCCCCAAUGGUAAUUUAUGCUCCCCCUAGAUGGAUCAGUGAACCCACUGAGACUUCGGCAAUCCUAAAUAAUGACGUCAUCAUCAACUGUCAGGCUGAAGGGUUCCCUCAACCAGGAAUUACCUGGAAGAGGCUUAGAGGGUCAAUGUCCAGUGAAUAUGUCUCAUUACGCACCAAUGCGCACAUAAACGUCAUGGCCAACGGUUCUCUGGCCAUUCGAAAGGUAGAAAAAGACGACGCCGGUUUGUAUAUGUGUCAGGCAGCCAAUGAAAUAGGAUCUGGACUUAGCACAGUGAUAGAGUUGCAUGUCAAGGUUCCUGCUUACUUUCCAAAUAAGUUUAAGGCGGAAACAAUCCGGAAAGGUCAGCUUCUCCAGGUUACUUGUCAGUUAUUUGGAGAUCAUCCCCUGACAGUCAAGUGGAAGAAAGAUGGAGAGAAUCUAGAUUUCAGGUUCGACAGGAGAUAUGAUAUUACCCAAACGUUAACUGAUGAUGGGAUGACGUCACAGCUUCAGGUACAGUCAGCAGACAGGAGAGAUUCUUCGUUAUUCACCUGUUUAGGUUCCAAUAACUUUGGGAGAGAUGAAAUGAAUAUCCAGAUAAUCGUGCAAGAACCUCCAGACAGGCCGUCUAAGAUCACCUCCUCUCUUAUAGAAAGUAGAAAAGUGACGUUAUCCUGGUCGCCUCCAUACUCAGGAAACAGCCCAAUCACACGUUAUGUACUUGUGUACUGGAAGGAAGGUGGUAAGAUAGAAACGGACCAUAAGAACCGAGAAAAAAUUGUUAUUCUGGCUCCAGAUACUAAAGUUGCAGUCAAAGGACUGAUCCCAGCCACCAGGUACUCCUUCCAACUACUGGCCGAGAACGCCAUGGGCCGUAGUGAGUUCAGUGAGGAGUUCAAGGCCAGUACAGACAUAGAAGUGUUUAUGACUCAUGAUUUAAUUGUUCAUAAUCCUUAUAAAUGUCUCCUCAGUCCUCUCGAGCCCCACGUGACUUACGGGCCAAUAAAAGGAUAUUACGUGGGUUACAAGGUGCAAGGAACAAUCGACUCUUACACUUACAAAACUUUAAACUCUGACGAACUAAACCAACAACUAACGUGCGUUUUGACAAACCUCCGAAGACUUACUCGUUACAGCAUUGUUGUCCAGGCUUUCAACAGCAAGGGGGCAGGCCCUCCAUCGGACGAGGUUAUUGUGCUCACCUUAGACAAUGAUCCCCCAACUACUCCUAAAUUGUCGGUGACCUCUGUAACUUUCUCCUCCAUCCAGGUCAAAUGGACAUUACAAACAGCUGACAGUGCACCAGUCUCCGGUUUUAUUCUCAGUCACAAGCAUGGUACGAAAGACUGGACUAAGACACGCCUACUCAGAGAUGCCCGGAUGCAUACCAUCUAUGGUCUGCAUUGUGGUACACGUUACGACUUCCUUAUUGUGGCAUUUAACGAUGUAGGAGAGAGUUUACCUAGUGACAUCGUUCACGCGAAGACCAAAGGUGCAGCACCGUCGUCUCCUACCCAGCAUGCAUUUAUACGAGUCAACAUAACGUCUGCGACUUUACAUUUCACGGAGUGGGACAGUGGUGGCUGUCCUGUAUCGUUCUUUGUUAUCCAAUAUAAACCGGAAAUCAGUCAGGACUGGACAACAGUGACGGACAGGAUCUUUCCUCGCCAGUCGACGUACAGAAUAACCAGUCUGAACCCCGCCACCUGGUAUCAACUUCGUGUCGUAGCACAAAAUGACGCAGGCUCUACCACUGCUGAUUAUAGCUUUGUCACUCUACCGGUAUCAGGUCACCCGUCGUCCACUAUAAGGGUCAGUUCCCCUCCAUUUUAUACCAAUCUGGCUAUCAUCGUCCCUGUGGUCGUGACUUGUGUUAUCCUGAUUAUCGUUGUCGUCGUCGUGUGUAGUGUUACUCGGAGGAGGCACGGGAGGGGCCAUCAUUAUGAAGACACCAGGAGCGUGCAAAAGGAGGCCACCACUGAAUCCGUCCCGAUGUGUGAGGUGGAGACGAAGCCCACUACAAACCCCAUCUACAGUAGAGCUAAGGGAAGUCUUUACUAUCCUUCUCCCUACGCCACUAGUAGAGUACCUGUGUGCCAGAGAGAGGACCGAAGCAGUGGCGACAGCAGCAUCGAAGGACGCUCUCUUUCGGAUGGCAAGAGAAUUUAUGAUGUACCCUUUGCGGUUAGACAGACUGCCCACUCCAGUGGACUCGGCCACAAUGACAGAAGAAGUAUCCAGACCCAUGACGUUGGUCAUCUAUACAGUUUUCCAGGGGGACGGCCCACCUCUCAACCUCUGCUACGAGAGUACAAAUCGCAAUUAUCAAGCCCUUGGUCUAAUAGUGAUCUGGACGACAGCCUAACAGUCAACGUGCCUCAUGGGAAGACAUCAUCUACCGCCAGGUGGCAUGGAGGUUCCAAACAAGGUGCAGGCAAUGAUCAGUUCUAUUGGAAUGGAUACGCUAGGUACCCGAAGGUCGAGGCUAGGUAUCUCUACAGCACCAGAAUACCUGACCUAACGUAUGAAGAGGAAGACAGUGAAACAGAAUGUGAUAGGGACCAACUUCUGGAUGAUUACCCUGAAUUCUUGGAAAGAAGGGGGGUACCCUACCACGUCGCCUUCGGGAGACAAAUACUCUCCUAUCCACCUAUAAAUGACCUUUGACCUUUGACCGAUGCCUUCUUUGGAUACUACGUUUAAACCGAUUGUUGUUUCUCUUACAUCGUAAUUUAGACGGAUAUCGUCGUGUGAUGCGAUUCUUUUGUCAGAAUCAAACUUCCUUAUGUUGUUAGAUUAAUUGUGAAGAUGAUUACAGACAAAGUCUCGAGCUGCAGAGACCCGUGUCUGUAAUCUCGUGUGGUUUCAUGAUAAUGUACGGAGAAAAUUAUAAUGUUUCCUCUACAAACUUUCUGUGUGGCGUGAUAAACAAGGAGUAGAAACCCUAGUUGUUAUUAUAUUGUCCGGUGUUUGUUAAAAUGUAUACUUCUGGGAACAUUUAAAAAUAAAAAAAAAACGUUGUACCAGUUCCAAUAAAAUUUUG